CCUCGCCUCCCAUCCCCCGCCCCCAUGAUCCCAGAGCCAGGCCCUUCCAACCACAGUACCCCGGACUGGGAGUCGGGGCCGCCGUCGGGCGCGGGUGGCAGCGGCUGGGUGGCUGCCGCGCUGUGUGUGGUCAUCGCGCUGACAGCGGCGGCCAACUCGCUGCUCAUCGCGCUCAUCUGCACGCAGCCGGCGCUGCGCAACACGUCCAACUUCUUCCUGGUGUCGCUGUUCACGUCGGACCUGAUGGUGGGGCUGGUGGUGAUGCCGCCGGCCAUGCUGAACGCGCUGUACGGGCGCUGGGUGCUGGCGCGCGGCCUCUGCCUGCUCUGGGCCGCCUUCGACGUGAUGUGCUGCAGCGCCUCCAUCCUUAACCUCUGCCUCAUCAGCCUCGACCGCUACCUGCUCAUCCUCUCGCCGCUGCGCUACAAGCUGCGCAUGACGCCCCCGCGCGCCAUGGCGCUAGUCCUGGGCGCCUGGAGCCUCGCCGCGCUUGCCUCUUUCCUGCCUCUGCUCUUGGGCUGGCACGAGCUGGGCCGCACGCAGGCGCCUGUCCCGGGCCAGUGCCGCCUGCUGGCCAGCUUGCCUUUUGUUCUCGUGGCGUCCAGCCUCACCUUCUUCCUGCCCUCAGGAGCCAUCUGCUUCACCUACGGCAGGAUUCUACUGGCCGCCCGCAAGCAGGCGGUGCAGGUAGCCUCCCUCACCACCGGCGUGGCCGGCCAGGCUUUGGAUACGCUGCAGGUGCCUCGGACCCCACGUUCAGGGGUGGAGUCGGCUGAGAGCAGGCGUUUGGCCACCAAGCACAGCAGGAAGGCCCUGAAGGCUAGCCUGACACUGAGCAUCCUGCUGGGCAUGUUCUUUGUGACCUGGCUGCCCUUCUUUGUGGCCAGCAUAGUCCAGGCCGUGUGUGACUGCAUCUCCCCAGACCUCUUCGAUGUCCUCACAUGGCUGGGUUACUGUAACAGCACCAUGAACCCCAUCAUCUACCCACUCUUCAUGCAAGACUUCAAGCGGGCCCUAGGAAAAUUUCUGCCAUGUCCCCGCUGUCCCUGGGAGCGCCAGGCCAGCCUCGCCUCACUGUCUGUGCGCACCUCUCAAAGUGGCCCCCGGCCAGGCCUGAGCCUGCAGCACGUGCUGCCCCUGCCCCUGCCCCCCAACUCAGACUUGGACUCAGACUCGGGUGGCUUCUCAGGCCUGCAGCUCACGACCCAGCUUCUGUUGCCUGGAGAGGCCACCCAGGAUCCCCCACCACCUGUCCAGGCCGCUGCUGCUGUCAACUUCUUCAACAUUGAUCCAGUGGAACCCGAGCUGCGGCUGCACCCACUUGGCACCCCCACAAACUGACCCAGGCCUGGAGCUGGCCAGUGGGGAGAUGGAUUG